UCCACCGUUGGUGUCAUUCCCAACUUUGUUCAGAAAAGUAAGAGAAGAACACUCCUCAUCAACAAUGGAGAGCACUCUCUUCCUAUCGGCCAAUCGUCUCUUACCCUUACAUAAAAAUAGAACACUGGGUAGUCCUCAGAUCUCCUUUAGUGGUGGGAAUUUGGGAUUUAGCAGGAAUAAUUCUGAGAUAAGAAGAAUCCAUCUCGACCGCAAAGGAAUUGCAUUUGUUGCUUCAGCGCUUGGAAGUAGAAAUGCCAAGAGAGGAACUGUUGUUGUUCCCGACCCAGAUUACCGUAUUCCAGUUGUCCUGCUUGGUUUAGCUGGUGGUCUGGUAUACACAGACAAUUUGUUACCAGCAGCCCCUGCCGGUCUUCUUGGACUACUCUUACUGUUUCAGACAACAAGAGUGAGGUUUGUCUUUGACCAAGAAGCCCUGGAAGUAAAAGUUGGCAAUGAACUUGAGGAAUCGGGUGAAAAUGUUUUCGUGGGAGGGAAAAACCGAUGGAAGUAUUCAUCAUUUGUGAAUUGGGAGCUUUGGUGGCCGAAUUUCCCAAUCCUUGUCUACUUUAAGGAGGCUCAGACGAAGCCCGAGGGUCAAGUCCACUUCUUUCCUGUGAUAUUUAAUGGGAAGCAGCUUUAUGAUGCUAUGGUGGAGCGAUGCGGCCCUUCAAAGACCAGCGGCCCCAACUGAUCCUCAAGCUAAUUAGAUACAAUAUUUGAAAUAUCAUAAGGAAAUCCUUAAUUAAUUUCUGAAUUUUAGAAGUUCAACAUAUACCCUUCUUGUAAAUGUGAUCUUAUAUCAAUUCACCAUUGAAUGAAAUUUGUUGUGUUCUUCAUAU